GGCCAAAGCGACUUGUUGAUGUUUCACACACUAUUAUUUGAAUUAUUCUAUAUUUUUUAUUUUUGGGAAAAAUUGAUUCCUCCUUUUCUGUUAGCUUACUGGAGAAGUAUGUCACGAAAAAUGAAAACUGUCGAGAAAGCAGAUUGUGGAAUGCUGGAGGUUUUCCGAUUGAGAUCUUAGAUUUUUCUCUGAGAUCGAGCGAUUGAUGCAAUGGCGACGGUGCAGGUUGUUUCGGGGAGCUUAACCGCCUCGGACCGGGGUAUUUUGCAGGCAAUCAACAGCGGCGCCUCCAGCCUCUCGCUCGUCGGUUCCGGCUUCAUAGUCCUUUGCUACUUACUCUUCAAGGAGCUCCGCAAGUUUUCCUUUAAGCUCGUCUUCUUCCUCGCUCUCUCUGACAUGUUCUGCAGUUUCUUCAGCAUCAUAGGAGAUCCUUCCAAAGGAUACUUUUGUUAUGCCCAAGGCUACACUACACAUUUUUUUUGUGUUGCUUCUUUCCUCUGGACUACUACAAUUGCUUUCACUCUGCACCGAACAGUUGUUCGACAUAAAACUGAUGUGGAGGAUUUAGAGCCGAUGUUUCAUUUGUAUGUCUGGGGAACUUCUGUUGUUAUGACAGUAAUUCGCUCUAUUGGAAAUAACCAUCAUGCUCAUAUAAGCCGUGUUGGCACGUGGUGUUGGGCACAAUCAGGGAUCACAGGACAGGUGGUUCAUUUUGUAACAUUUUAUGCACCCCUAUGGGGUGCGAUUCUUUUCAACGGCUUCACCUAUUUUCAAGUGAUACGCAUGUUAAACAAUGCCACUCGUAUGGCAGUGGGAAUGUCAGAGCGUGGUGGGUAUCAAUCAGAUGCACGGCCAGAUAUGAAGGCCUUGAAUCGAUGGGGCUACUAUCCAGUUAUUCUAAUUGGAUCGUGGUUCUUCGGUACGAUUAACCGUAUACACGACUUCAUUGAACCAGGUCAUAAGAUCUUUUGGCUUUCUGUUCUUGAUGUUGGUAUGGCUGCACUUAUGGGCCUCUUCAACUCGAUAGCAUAUGGUCUCAACUCUUCAGUGCGCAGGGCCAUUUAUGAAAGAUUCGAUCUGUUACCCGACAGGUUUAGAAGAUUGCUUCCUCGGAGCUUGAGGCCGAGAGGCCAGCAGCAGGAUAGUGAAUUAGUUGCACUGAAAAACGAGGGCCAGCAAUAGCAGUUUAGUUCUAGUUCUUGACCACCACUGCGUGCACAUAUUUGAAUUAGAGAUUCUAUUCUUUUGCAGAAGAUGAUUGACCAGGAAAGAUAGAGGUCUCGUGUCUGCCUUCCGUAUGAAGGGGAUUUCUGGCUUUCUGCACGAUUGAGCUCUCGCAGGUGAACUAAUUCGACGCCCACACUUCUUGAUUCCAACUGCUUCCCAACUGCAUGUAUAACUAGUGAUAAUUGUACCAACUCAUAUUUCUGAAACCAUUGCUACUGAUUUUCUUAUGUGAUCAAGAAUCAUGUUUUUUA